AUGGCGUCUCUCCAGAUUGGUCCCAUUUCUUCUACUGUCGGGGUAGCUCGCUCGACGAUUGCCCGGCGCUCGACCUGCCGUGGCUGCCACCGGAUCUCCAACUUUUCCAACUUCCACGCCUUCUCCAGGACUGCGUCUCGAGGACCGCAGUCGGCGAGCCAGCAAACCCCCGGACGUCGCCCCUUUUCACAGCAGUCACACAGGCCAAGGGCCGACUCCAAGGUGCACGACUCCAAGAUCCACUGGUAUCCCAUCCCCGUCGGUCUCGGCGUUGGGUUCCUGGGGCUGGUGCAGUUCUACAAGGUCUACACCAGAGAGCAGGAAAAAGAGACCGAAGAUGGCGAGCCCGGACAACGGCCGAAAAAGAGACCGCGGGUUCGCCCAGAUGGCCCCUGGCCGGGGCGCGACCCCUCGAUCCUAAACCGAAUGGGCUCCUUCUCCCCAUCUGACGGGGGGGUUCUUGCAGGUCGGACAAAUAUCAGGGCGGGCGAUAUCGAGCAGGUGAAAGGGAUGACCUACACCAUUGACGGCCCUCCCUCGGCCAAAACAGACCCUACCCCGAGAUCCUCGGGGCCGGGUAAACUCCGUAAACGAAGCGAACACGAACUGGAGGGGGAUGAAGAGCUUGUCCAAAGAGAGGAGGAAUUCGCCCGGGUCAAUGGCAUCUCUUACACUCUCCCGGACCUCCUCUCGGGCAACAAGAAGAAGCGCAAGAGCAGCUUCGACCACCCCAAAGACGAAUCCGUCACCGCCUCGGCCACCUCUGUCUCUGAAGUCCGCGCGGAGCUCGAGCUGGGCGAGAAGUCCUGGCUUGACUAUCUCUCCCCCGACAGCCGGCACGUGCUCUACUACGCCGUCAUCUACCUCGCGCCCGGCGACUACCACCGGUUCCACUCGCCUACUAAUUGGGUUGUUGAGCGCCGCCGUCACUUCGCCGGCGAGCUGUACAGCGUGUCGCCCUACCUGCAGCGUACCAUGCCCGGCUUGUUCACGCUCAACGAGCGCGUCGUGUUGCUCGGCCGUUGGCGCUGGGGUUUCUUCAGUUACGUCCCCGUCGGCGCUACCAACGUUGGAUCUAUUAAGAUCAACUUUGACAGGGAACUCCGCACCAACAGUCUGACUACCGACACCGAGGCCGACAAGGCCGCCGAGGAGGCUGCCAACCGUGGCGAGCCGUACCUGGGUUACGCCGAGGCGACAUACGAGGCCGCGAGUUCUGUGCUGAGGGGUCAUGCGCUAAGGCGCGGUGAGGAGAUGGGUGGCUUCCAGCUGGGCAGCACCAUUGUGAUGGUGUUUGAGGCGCCGGCCGGGGAGCACGACGAGAACGGGCGGCACACGGGCGGGUGGCAGUGGGCUGUGGAGAAGGGGCAAACGGUCAAGGUUGGGCAGGCGCUGGGGCAGAUUGAUGUUUCAUCUCAUGCCAACUGA